AUGGCUGGCCUUUGCUGUCUCUCGUCGUCGCUUCGGGCGAAUGAGUUUCCCUGCAACAAGCCUCGACUUUAUGUCGGGCUCUAUGUCCGUGGUAGCUCAGCAAAGAUGCCAGGCAGAGAAGACUCUUACCAUUGGGCCCUUUUGUCAGGCCCUAAAAACGAUGUCAAGCCAGGUUUGCAGCACACCAUGUACCAUGUCAAGGACAAGUUGGUAAUUGAGGGUGAGCCAAAAGCUGCCAGCUCAGUAUGGGAAUACUCAGUUGAAUCGGACCGUUCUUCAAUGCUAUUAGUUCGUAUAGUGGUGGGAAAGAUCCGUGACAUCCAUCGACUUGAGAACAUCCUGCGAUCCGUUCCUGUUCGUAGCGAUAAAGAAGGGUGGAAUUCUAUUUCCUGGAUUCGAGAGGCUUUCCAUCUUGUUUCAAUCGCACCAGGCGUUCUGGGUUCUCAUACGGAAGACUGGGAGGAAAUUCGACAGACUGCCAUGUCGUAUGUCGACGAGAAAAAGGCCAAGCAUCGGUUCGAUGGCUUAGGUAGAUUCGAUCUUUCGAAACCAGCUACAUGGGACAUGCUUCAGGGCAAAGAGAUAAUUGUCUAG